AUGAUUACCAAAGAUUCAUUAUUUUAAGAAGAAUCUCAUUUUGAUUCCAAUAUCUCAACUAUUAAUUGUCAUUAACUUAAAUAUUAAAAUGCUUUUCAUAAUUUAAUUGUUAUUUCCCUUUAUAAUUCAGAAUAAAAUGUUGAAGAUCAAGUAAUACAGAAAAUUAUGUUGGAAGCUCAAAAAUUAUCCAAAAAUACUUAUAUAUUAAUUUAGACAAGGAAGGAUUUUAGUGAUAUUCACUAUUUUAUUUUACUCUUUGAUCAUUAUAAUAAUCUUUGUAAUGUUAAAUAAGGAAUGGAAAUUUAUGUUAAUGGAAAAUUUAAUCAUGAUAACACAAUUUAUUUUAAAAAAGAAACUAAAAAUGAUUAAUUUUUUGUAUUUGAACCAAAAACUUUAAUUUCAGCAACAAAAUUAACUAAUAUAAGUUUUUGCAGAAGAAAACAAUUUGUUAAGGAAUUAAUCAAAAAUUAAAGUUUUGGUACCAAUUUUAAUCAAUUAAGAGGUAAAUUUUUGCAUAGUUUAUUUUAACUUAUCAUUCAAUCAAUUAAUGAUUAUAAGGAUUAUUUUUAUUACUUAGAUCAAAUAGAUAUAAAUAAUUUGGAUUCAAUUUAGUUGCCAUAAUAAUUCAAUUUAUUAUUGGAAUAAAUUCAAUAAUAAUUUUUAUAAGAUAUUUAUACUUUAAAUAAUCAAUCAAAUGAAUAUGUAGAAACAGAUAUAAUAUAGGAGUUAGUUUUAUAAGGGUUAAUUAAUUCUUUUAUAUGGAUUAAAAAAUUCGUGAUUAAUCAAUAACCAAUUGAGCACUCAACUUUUUAAUAAAAUAAAUUAAAAAUUUAAUUUCUUAAAUGGAUUGCCAAUGAAAAAAAAAUCUCAUCAUAAAUUUUAGGAUUGGUAGGAGUGAUUGAUGUGGUUCUGGAAGUUAAAGUGAUUAUAAAUAAUUCUGUAGAAAAAUUUUGUAAAAUACCGAUUGAAAUCAAAACUGGUUUAUAACAUUAGUCUGAUGAAACUUAAGUUUAAGUUUACUUACUUUUAAUGAAUCAUCUAUAUAAAUAGGAAACCUUAUUUGGAAUUAUAUUAUACUUAAAUGAAUUAGAUUAUAAAAUCGUUACUUAUAAUUAGUUUUUGAAAAAUGAUUUGUUGUUUUCUAGAAAUCUAUAUAUAUCAUAAUUAUGUUAAUUUUUAAAAAAAGAUAUUGAUUAUAAUCAUUUACCUCAUCUAAGUUAAGAAAUAAAAAAUGCCCAAGAACAAUCUAAAUGCUAGAAAUGUGGAAUAAAAUAUGUAUGUUAUGGUUUAAAUGUAUUAAAAAAAUAAUCUUAAUUAAAUUUUCCCAUUGAAGAUUAUUAACAAAUUGAUAAAUAAUUAAAUGAAUAAACUAGAAAUUAUCUCAAUAAUAUGCUUUAAAAUUUAAGAUUAGAAAAGUAAGCUUUAAUUAUUUCAUAAAUUGACUUUGAAAUCAAAUAAAAAUAAAAAAUUAAUGAAUCAUGUGAAACACAUUAUAUUUUAUCAUCAAAAAUCACUUUUUUUAAAGAUCAAGCUCUCUAAAUUUUAAAAGAAUACUUUUCUUAUAAUGAAGAACUGGCUCUAUUUUGUAGUAGAACACAAAAAAGUUAUUAUUUUAACUUAAAAACCCAACCUAAUAUUAUUUUAAAAUAUUUAUUAAAUUAGACCACAACAGACGGAAUUAUAUUAGAAGAGGACCUUUAAUAUGUAAUUCGUAUGCAUGUUCAAGUUAAAAAAGAAUAAAAUAUUUUUUGGGGCUCUUUAGAACUAGAAGAUAUAUUAACUAAGCAAAUUUAAUUAUAUAAUCCUUUUAAGCAUUAUAACUUUAUUAUAUUUGAGAUUGCUGCAAAUAAUAGAUGGAAAAGAAAAAAAGAAAUACUUAUAUUAGGGUAUACUCCUUAUUUUAAAAGUCUAACAUAACUUUAUGAAGGUACACAAUAAAUAUUUGCAUCGCUUUUAGAUGAACUUAAAUCCAAAUUGAAUGAAUAUUAAUUGAAAGCUAUUUAAUUAUGUUUAUUAUCAGAAGAUUUUGCUUUAAUUUAAGGAGAUUAUGGAAAAAGAAGAAUGUUAAGCCAUUUAUUAUAUUUAUUAGGAUACACAAAUAAAAAAGUAUUAUUUUGUGCUGCUGAUAAUGAAGUUUUGGAUGAAUAAAUAAAUGAUUUUAUUGAAACUUUUCCAAAUUAAUCUGAUUGGAUUUUAAGAUUAUCAAAUGAAAAUGAAAAAGAUAAAAUAAAAGAAAUUCAUAAAAAAUAUUCUUUUGAUUUUAAACAUUAUAAAGAUUUAUCAGAAAUAGAUAAAAAAUUAGAAAAUAAACAUUUUUAUUUUUCAACUUGUUUAAAUUGUACUGAUAUUUUAUAAUCAGAACCAUUUGAUUAUUGUAUUGUAGAUUAAUCAACUAAAAUUAUUGAACCAUUAUGUAUUUCUUGUAUUCUUAAAAGCAAAGUAUUUAUAUUAUUAGAUGAUUCAGAAAUGCAAUAACCAUAAAUUAAAUCAUAAAAAGCUAAAUUAUUAAAAAUUAGUUUAUUUUAAAGAUUAUCAGAAUAAUUUAAAAAU